AUGGAAUGUCAGGAGAGGUGUUUGCCCGUCAACCUCUUUCACAGCGCCCUCACGUAUCCUUGUGAGCCUAUCUUAGCCAGAGAGACGAACUUGUUGUGUAGACUGAGCAAACUCCAACCAUUUCAGCCGGAGAGGGUCCGAGAACUGCAAGACUUUUACAAGUACCAGACAGCCUUAGUUGAGACUGAAAGAUACCGAAGUCUCAUGCUAGGCGACGCACAUCCGCACUUAAAAGUGCUCCUUAACCAGUACUACGACCAGGAACUUGGGUUGAUAAUAAAGAGAGUAGAGGCCAGUGUCGCCUUAUUAGAAGACAGUGGCAUCGGUUCCUGUCUUAGUAGAGAAGCCCAGGUCGUGGCAAGCAACAUCAGCAGAAGACAUCUUGGCUUAAGGACCAGAUCGCUUUUGUCCAAAGCAUCUGUCCGUUUGUUGGAGCUGUGGUAUGAACAACACAUCGACCACCCUUACCCUACACCCUCUGAGACUGAAAGUUUGGCUACAGCAUGUGGUUUGACACAGGAACAAGUUAAAAAGUGGUUUGCCAACAAGAGAAAUCGAUCAGCCAAUACCAGGUCCUUAACACAAAUUGCAAGUGUUAAGAGGAAGCGGUCCAUGAUGAUGUAG